AUGGACGAGCAGGGAAGUUUUGAGCAGUGGUAUUUGGGGUUAGAAGCAACAAUACGAUUAGAACAGCAAGUUUAUACUAUGAACAGAAAACUAGAGGAAGAGAAAAGACAACUGGAGGAGGAAAGGAGGUAUUUCGCCGAAAAAGGGCAGCCCGAGGAGGAAAGGCAAUUGGAAGACGAAAUUAGGAAACGCGAGAAGGAACUCGCGCAACAGGGGAACCUUAGGAAACUUAAGGAAGAGGUCAGGUAUCUUCAAGAACAGUACAGGCAGCAUGAGGAGGAGAUGAGGCAGCAUGAGAAGGAGAUGAGGCAGCAUGAGGAGGAGACGAAGCAGCCGGGGGAGAAGCUCGGAUGGCUUGUUCAAAAGACAACAUUCUUGGAAUAUAUCCAGCACUUGCACGAAGCUCUUCCAGAUCCGCUGAACCUUGAACCCCGUGCAGACACACACAGAGAUAUACUCAUACCGAAAGCAAGGGUCUGUCCAGAGCGGCUUGAGCACUGGUCUCAAUGUGACAAUGAGCAGGAGCAGAUUUACCGGCAUAUCUGUGAAUUCUUUGAGCCAACUGAUGGCCCGCCAAAGCGAAUUUUCACUCCAUUCAUAAUAUCAAUAAGCUUCAAGGAGGAUCUUGAGAUCUAUUUACAAGAUUCUGUGCAAAUGCAGAUCGAGCAUAUCAUUGAGGAGAUCUGCGCCAUUCCUGCUGCCCGUGCCGCCUUUCAUCUUGGGGGCGAUCGUAUGAGAUACGUCGCUUCCCAUGGGGAACUGCGUUCGCGUGCACCAACGUGGAUCGAGGACAGUGAGCGAUGGCCUCCUGGACCCGAAUCAUUUUGUAUUCAUGAUAUGGAAGAUGGCAGAAGAGGAAUUGAUGCACGCUUAAGGGGCGAGUUCAUACUCCCUAACAAGCUGACUAUGGAAACGCUCCGUGCAGGAUUGUGGUCGAUGGACUCCUAUGCUGAAGUCUUACACAACGGAGUGGUCCCAUUGACAGAAGCGGAAAGGAUCACACGCAAUGCAACGCGCCUGGCAGGCUCAGCUCUGGUCCAGCUUUACAACGAAAUGAUAAGCUAUGGGUUUGAAUACGGGUAUAUAACCACAGGAGAAGCAUUGGUCCUGCUCAAAGUCCCCUACGACAAUCCCUCAACCAUUCUCUAUCGCGUCUGCGAGCCGAGUAUCGAAGCAACUCCAGGGAAUCGUGAUGGGUUCUUGCGGCCUGUGACAGCCAUCGCGCGAAUACUAUGUCUAUGCUUGAUGAGCUGCGCCUCGCAGAUCCGGAGUCCUGAUUGGUGUAUCAAAACAAAAGCAAGUCUACCUACUUGGUUGACCGGGUUUGAUUAUGAAUACUUCAUUCAGACUCAGAAGUUCAUGCCAUCGGAUGACUAUUCAGGCACGACGACUCUUUCACCGCACUCCAUUUGCGGUCAGGGAACUGCAAGAGAAUUACCAAUUCGACCCCGUUCUCAGACGAGCUCCGUGGAAGGUACACAGCAACCUUCCCGAGAGGAAGUACAGGAUGGUGAACCGUAUUACGCAUCAGGGCACAAACGUCGCCUUAUCAAGUCCGGAUCUUCGGCGUCGCCUGCGCCGGAGCAACAAUCGAAACGGUCGAAACGCCCAGAGCCUUCAUGCAGCACCAACCCCCAGCAAGAUAGACCGUUCUGCACUCAAAAAUGCCUGCUUGGCUUGAAGGAGAGCAGAAAGCUGGACGAAAAUUGCCCGAACCUGGAACUUCACCAACAGAGCGGAAGUACGUUUCACUUACAUGGUGUGGGGAAAAUUCGGCAUAUGCUGAUGAUGGGCUGGGGUGGAGAGCCUAUUAACAAGGCUGCAUACGAGCAAGGGGCCUACAAGAAAUACUUGAAGAAGGCUUUAACCCCAGUUCGGGAUCUCGGGGUUCUGCAUGGAGACCUUUCGGCGGGGCAUCUUCUCUGGAAUGAGGAGCUGAAUCGGCUUAUGCUCAUUGACUUUAAUCGUUGCAGGCUGAGUCUGCCGAACCCCGUGGAGUGGAAGCCGAAGUGGUUGACGGAGUGGGAUUCUCUUGCAAAGGAGGAGGAGAAGGACUAUCAUCGUCAGCAUUGUUCGUUUCAUAGGACAUGCAUACAUCCGUUGACUAGGAGUUGUCCGAACGAGAAGUUUGAUGUGUGCUGA